CAAAGCGCGUGUGCGUAACCCAGACUCAAGAACUCGGUCGGAAUGAUGCCUGUGAAAUUGUUUGAUGCACACUGUCACCUCCAAGACCCGCGAAUCCUCAACAAGGUUCCGCAACUCAUCGCCACUUCCCUUGAUACUGGGAUAAUUCGUUUCGCCGUUAAUGGCGUCUGCGAGCGAGAUUGGCAUCUGGUUAAAGAGAUGGGGGAUCUGUAUCCUUCUGUGAUUCCCUGCUUUGGUCUCCAUCCCUGGUUUAUUUCAGAGAGGACUUCCAACUGGUUCAACACGCUCAAAGAAUUCUUUGAGACCACUCCUUCUGCUGCUGUUGGUGAGAUUGGUUUGGACAAAGGUUCUCAUGGAAAGAAGAUUGAUUUCACGGACCAGGUUGAAGUGUUUCAGCAACAGCUUGAACUUGCUAAAGAAUUGAAUAGACCAGCCUCUGUUCAUUGUGUUCGUGCAUUUGGCGAUCUUCUUGAAAUAAUGAAAAGCAUGGGACCUUUCCCUGCUGGUGUUAUUCUUCAUUCUUACUUAGGUUCUGCUGAGAUGGUUCCUGAAUUUGCCAAGCUUGGUGCAUACUUCUCAUUCUCAGGCUUCCUUAUGUCCAUGAAAGUGCAGAAGGCUAAACGCAUGCUGAAAGCGGUAUCUUCUGAUAGAAUUUUAUUGGAGACAGAUGCCCCUGAUGCCUUGCCUAAUUCAAAUUUGGAUUCUCUAUUUUUGGUUGAUGGAGAUAAAUCUACCUCUGAAGGGACUCAAACCCAAGGAGAAAAUUCUGCUUCAAGCACUGCCAGUCCUGAUGACUAUCAUUCCCAUGCUUCAAUAGAUGCAUCAUCGCCACCAAAAGAAACCCUUAAUCAUCCAGCAAAUAUCCACAAUGUACUCAGUUAUGUUGCAUCUUUGUUGGACGUCUCCAAAGAAGAACUUGCAGAAUUGAGUUAUAGAAAUGCUGUACGCAUAUUCUCUUACAAAGGUUCGAAGGUAUUGUAAAGAUAGUUAUUGGGAACAUAAUUGGUACACCUGUUUUUCGUUAAUUACCUAAUAUAGUAAUUCCACAAGAAACAAUGUAUAUAAUGCUGAAAUGCUUGCCCUGGUUAUGGGAGAUGUCGUCUUGAGCAAUGUAUAUUUGGUUUUUCACCAUCUAAAGUUUGUGUGAACUCCUUUCAAUUUUCCAUCAUUUCUCCCAACUUAAGAUGGUUGCCUUGGCUGCCGAGUUGUUCAGUGUAAUGGAAUAAUUGUAAUACAAUCUGUGCUCUGCUGUGUUGUGCCAUAAUGACAGUAUAAAAUCAAAAUUUGCUUUC